GGAGGAGGCGGCGGCAGUAGCGGCUGGUCCGGGUGGAGCCGUCAUGGAGAUGGGGUGGCUGCUAUGGGGCACGGCCGUGCUGCUGUUGCUGCACGUCCUCAUGCAGCUCAGCCCCACCGUCAACUUCGCGCUGCGCAUCGGCUUCUACUGCGUGCUGUGCCUGCUGGCCUCGGCGCUGGCGGCCGUAGCCUGCCUGCUGGUCAACGGCGGCCGCACCGUCAAGAACAUGAGAAUCAUCAAAGCUGUUGUCAAGACCUUCAAGUAUUUCUUCGGCUUGAGGUUUGAGGUGAAGGGACUGGAGAACUUCAAGGUAGAGGGCCCUGCUGUCAUUUUGUCCAACCAUCAGAGCGUCCUCGACAUGAUGGGGCUGAUGGAGGUCCUGCCCGACAACUGUGUCCAGGUGGGCAAGAAGGAGCUGAUGUACAUGGGCAGCGUGGGGCUCAUCAUGUACCUCGGUGGCGUCAUCUUCAUCAACAGGAAGAGCACCAGCAGUGCCAAGAUGGUCAUGUCAGAGGUGGCCAAGACUAUGGUGGCUGAGAAUGUGAAGGUGUGGGUAUAUCCAGAGGGCACGAGGAACUGCACUGGGGAUUUGCUGCCAUUCAAGAAAGGAGCAUUUCACCUCGCUGUCCAGGCACAGGUCCCAGUGAUCCCUGUGGUGUAUUCCUCCUUCACCAGCUUCUAUAACCCAAAGACGAAACUGUUUACAUCAGGCAAAAUCAAGGUUGAGGUUCUGCCUCCAAUAGAGACCAAAGGGCUGACGUCAGACGAUGUCACCGACCUCUCUGACAGAUGCUUCAGCACCAUGAGGGAGACCCUCUUCAGGCUGUCAGGCCAUCCAGGCGAGGCAAAGGACUCAUCCUAGAGCCUUCUCCAGUGGUGUCACCGUGCGGUGGUGGCUGAAGGGACCUGUCUGUUCUUGCCAAAUACUGAAGAAUCUUCUUCUCCUCUGCAGUGAUUUCUAACUCUUGGGAGCACCACAGACUGGCACACACAGGGUGUCAAGCCAGCACUAAGGUUCCCCUCUGAGUGGAUUUCUCUUAUGGGUUCAUUUUCUCACUUUGCAAUAUCUCCUUUUUCUGAAUUUCUCAGGCAUCAAACUUGUGCUACCAAAGGGCUCAAUGACUAGAGAGGUGAGUUCCCCCAGGUCUUGCAGCUAGCUUGGGGUGACAGCAAAAACCUGCCUGGAGCCUGAGCUCUGCCUGGUGUGACUGUCCCUGCACCUGUGUUCCUGCAGGCUCAGCUCGUGAGGUGGCCCUGUGAUGUCCCAGGUGGAAACCACCAGGCAGCAGUUUGUAUCAGCACAACCUUGGUGCUCAAACAGGGCUGAGAACUGGGGUGAAAAUCCAGAUUUUGGCUUUUCAGCAGCGCUAGGAGUGUGGUGUCCUCCCUGGACAGCCCAGAGCACUCCCACCCACCAGUGGGACACACAGGUCUGUCCCCUUGAGAUGCCCUUGCGUCACAACAGCAUCACGUUGGGAAUCUGCUGCCAGCUCCCCGCCGUGGUGGUGGCUCAGCCUGGUCACAUCCCUGCAAUGCCCCUUAUGGAGGCAAAGGGCUCUGUCGUGCUCGGUUUGUCACUUGUCAUGGUCAGCGCUGGCCGAAAGAUGGUGCCUGUCCCGCGUCUCUGCUGCUCUGCGGGGCGGAGCUGCUGCUCUCCAGGGCCUGUAAAAGCCCUGCAGAGCCACAGGGUGGGUGAGCUGCAGCUGGAACGGGGCUGGGAAGGCUUCAGCUCCCCCUUUGGGGAGAUAUAAACCGCUUUUCCAGUCAGAUAAAACACGUUCCCCCGUGCCUUGGGGUGAUGGACCAACAAAGCUCCUGGAUCCCUCACCGGGAGCUGUGGAAUGUUGAUGCCCUUGGAGGCUGGCUCAGGUCCGUGGUUCUUUAGCUUUAGCUCUCCUGUUCAUGGCACAGGGGACCUUGGGAUAAGGCAGCUGGGGCUACUCAGGUAACCAGCACACCCAGCUCCUGCAGCCUGCACUGGUGCAGUUGUGUUUAUCUGGCCUCAGCUGGGAAAGGCAGGGAGCUCCAUGGAAGGAGCCCUUGGGCCCAGCUGGUGCUGCCAGGGGCUUCAUUGGAGGGGCCUUACAGUA